AUGGGUGUCACAGAAAUUGCAUUCCUGCCCCUUCAAGAGGGCAAGUUUCCUGACGACAGGAUGAGCGCACCUGGUCAGGUGCACCUUGACGUUCUCGACAUACUUCUUUCCCAGCCUGGUUGCCAGCGAUGCUAUUGGGGUCGUCAGGUCGAGGACCGGAAAUUGCUAAGAUGGUUCGUCGACUGGGACAGCAUUGAAUCGCACAAGAAGUUCAUCAAUUCUCCUCUCUACAAGCCUUUCCUCGACCGCUUCAGACUCAUCCUCGGUGGUCCAUCCGAUUUCUACCAUGCUCAAUUCACGCCUCAUCCCCCAACUGCCGCCCUGAGCGAUACCACCUCUCCUACGACCGAGAUCGUGACAAUGUGGUUCCCGACCUCAUAUUCCGAGGAAGACAAGAAGAAGGUCGUCGACGAUGCAAAGGCUCUCGUUGCUGUCGUGGAGAAAGAAGCAAGGACGUACAGGGCGUCAGCCGGAGGGUGGGUCGAAGAAGAAAUUGACAUUCCUGGGACCGACGAGAAAGGCAAGGCAUACGUGCUUCUCAUCGGCUGGACGAGCGUUGAAGCACAUAUGGAGUUCCGCGAAACAAACGCAUUCAAGGAGAACAUUCACUAUCUCCGUGAUGCGAAGGAUCUGAAGAAGCUUGAAGCCGUGCAUGCAAGCCUGACGGAAGUCACAGGGGGCGCUUCUGGUGUUGGUGAUGUCUCGGAUGUGCAGCCGGAUAUCCAAGGCGAAGUGUUGAACCCGCAGAGUGGUCCGAAAAAUCCUCCAAAAACCAGAGCGGAUGGCACCACGACCAAGCAUGCUGAGCAACUUCGUGGUGCUGCCAAUGCUGUUCACAAGCCCGCCACCGGCUCCUAG